UUUGAUUAGCGCCAGACUACUGCAGCGCUGAGGCAAUCGCCGAAACUCGAAUCGCACAAAACAUUUCCGCCGAUAAUGGCGGGAGCUAAGAUACGGCGUGGAAAGCACGGAAAUGUGAUGUAGUUGCGUUGCGUUGGGCUGAUAUUUAGAGAUGGAAAACGGAAGCCAUCAUUUGUCCCCGACUCUGCGAGACAACUCGACGUUCCACUUCAUCCUGGACGUGGGCUACACGAACCUCUCCCAGCCCAACCAGUGGCCCCGCGUGGAGAUAGGCUGUACGACGUGGGGGACGCCCAGCCACAUGCUGUUCCAGGUCGCCAACGCCGUCAUCGCCGUCGGCCUGUGUGCGCCGGACACCAGCCAUGGCGUCAUCUUCAUGCACAGCUUCUUUUCACUCGGCUUUCUCUUGAUGUCAGUCUGGUCGUGGGUGAUCGUGUGCGCGCCGGACUUCUUCUCGUGGAACUUCACGUUCCUGGUGGUGAACACGAUGCAGGUUCUCUUCCUUAUGUACCAUGCGCGGCCCGUCAAGUUCUGCGAGGAGCUAGAGGAGCUUUACUGCUCCACAUUCCAGCCUCUCAGAGUCCCCAGAUCUGCUUUUAAGAAGCUGGUGUGUCCAACGUUCUGCUUCAUGAUGACGUUACACAAGGGCGAGGCGUACUGCACCCAAAGCAUCACGAAAACCGACAAAUUGGGAUUUCUGCUGUCUGGGGUAAUGAAUGUCUACAGUAACCGAAUCUUCCUCCAUUCCAUCAAGACCAACCAGUUCAUGGAUUCCCCCGAGUUCCAGUCCAGCGUCACAGGAGACGAGAAAUACCAGGUGUCUAUCAUUGCUGCCAGUGUGUGCCGCUACAUAUUCUGGCCCCGUGAGAGUCUGGAGUAUCUGCUCAUCAAGGAGCCGUACUUGGCGAGUAUCUUCAAGACCAUGCUGGGCCGGGACAUCACAAACAAGCUGUACGCCCUCAACGAGAAGGUUGUCACUCCCCGAGGUUCCCAUUACGACAUCCGCAUCCCGAGUGUGUCGUGCAGCAUGCGGGCCAGACAGGAUCUCAGGAAAGCCGUGGCUGGCGUCCCCCACCCCGAAACAGACAGCCCAGAAUACAGCGUCCACACACCCAGCAAAUCUCCCCGACCGUCGGGAUCCGACUCGGAGGAAUAUACAGACGCGUUUCCUGCCGACACUGAGACGUCUGAGCUGCUGAACGGCCAUGUUCGCUGGGUCCUCACUCGCAACCAGAGCGGAUCACAGUCGUCCUCACAUGGGUCGGUCAACUCCGGGCUACAGAUGAACCUUCCACUGUGACAGUCUCCACGUGGGUCGGUCAACUCUGGGCUACAGAUGAACCUUCCGCUGUGACAGUCUCCACGAGGUUCGGUCAACUCUGGGCUACAGAUGAACCUUCCGCUGUGACAGUCUCCACGAGGGUCGGUCAACUCUGGGCUACAGAUGAACCUUCCACUGUGAUAGUUUCCACUCUGUUAUCUAUACACCGGCCUCGGUGGCGUCGUGGCAGGCCAUCGGUCUACAGGCUGGUAGGUACUGGGUUCGGAUCCCAGUCGAGGCAUGUGAUUUUUAAUCCAGAUACCGACUCCAAACCCUGAGUGAGUGCUC